AUGACGACUAGAAGAACCGUAAACGAGCAGAAGUCGUCUCUAGACUAUGAUGGAAAGGCUGCCCCCGAGCCGUCCAACACCUCACCAGCGGUGCCAUCCUCGGUGAUUUGGAAGUUGAUGAGCUUCACAUUUGCCAUGAUCACACUGCCAAUUGGCACAUACUUCUUCACAGUCAACUUUGUCUUCAAGGGCAACGCAACAUGGGCGGGUGGUUUGGCAGCACUCAUGGCGAACGUGGUCUUGAUCGCAUAUGUGAUCAUGGCAUUCAAAGAUGAUCAGGAGGAGAUGCGAGAAGAAGCAGAGAAGUCCAAGAAGAAGUUGUAG